GACAGGGAGUAUCUGCGGUGGGCCACUCCUCUUUUUCCAUUUGUUUUAUAAACUCCUUCCUCACUUCCUCUCCUCUCCUUCGCCAUCAUGGCUUUCACUGGGAAAUAUGAGCUGGAGAGUCAAGACAAGUACGAGGAGUUUCUGGAAGCGAUCGGGUUCCUCAAUGCCAAGACAGACCACAAGGUGGUUACAGAGGUGCUUCAGGAUGGGGACGACUUCACCUGGACGCAAACCAUUCCCAACUGGACCUGGUCCAACAAGUUCAGCGUUGGUCAGGAAUGUGAGCUGGUGACAAUGACGGGCUCCAAAUUCAAGGCUCCUGUCACUAUGGAGGGUGGCAAGAUUUCAAUACAGUUUCCUCAGUACCACUUCACAGCAGAGCUCAUUGAAGAUAAACUAGUAAUGACUUGCGUAACUCCAGGAGAGAAGGGUGUGACAUUCAAAAGAAUUAGCAAGAGGAUCUAAUCCUGCGAGACGUGACAUGCUUCAAUGGAAAAGAGGCUGCGGGAGGUCACACACGACAUGAAACUGCUUGCUCGAAGCACUGAAGCGAGAGGAACAAAGUAGCCAUCUGUAGGGAGGAGCAAGUGGAACAUCUCGUGCCUUCACAGGACUGCAUUUUGUUGUUUGGCUUUUGAUAGAAGUAAUGAAACUAUGUACUGUAUUUCUGCAAGAUGAAGCAAUUUGUCUGUACCAGAGUCUGUGUUUGAUCCAAUAAAAAUUUCCUAAUUAUAGCCUGUUUUGCCAAGCAAUAAUGGGGUUUUCUGUGGACAAAGACAAACCACUAUUUCACCAGAAGAUAAGACAGAUAUGUUGAAGGAUAGCAUCAGCAUCAGAGUUAGUUAAUGGUUAAAGUUUGAAUCCAUGUGGAAACAAUCAAAUGUGACACAAACACACCCAGCUAGUCUGUGCUGAACAGAUGAGAGCAUCCCUCUGGUAUCAUAUACAGUCAUUUUAUCUCAGCUGAGCAGAAGAUGCGUUUUUCCCUCUCUUAUUCAGUUUACAAAGCAAUACUGAUUCAGGUCCACUAGUUUGAAUAAACAAGGCGAUUGUAUCUGGUCAGUAUGUAGACGCUAAGUUGUGAUUUGUAUGUCUCUUAUUGUUUUUACCCAAAUGUAAAAUGUUUUAGUCAUAAAAGACCCUUCUUCCUUUCA